GCGUUGUUUGCAGUCAUUCAUUGGGAUCGAUUGUCAAAAUUGUUUUCUUUUAUUGUACAACGCAUAAAUUCGUGAAAAUUUCUUUACAAAAAAUCAUCUGAGAAUUACAUAAAGAAUAAGAGAAAUAUUUAGUGAAUAAUGGAUCUUCUGAAAAAGAUUAUGGGCCUCAAUUCUGGUCAGGAAGAUAAAAAUGAGAAAGGGAAAAAGAAGGUUCCACGGGAUGAUUUUAGAAAGCCCAUUUGGUUUGAGGAGAGUGAAACAGAUGACGAGCUGUUUGACAAUGGAAAAUUCUUCGAUCACCGCAUCUUUACUGCCAAUCCAAUGGAAUUGGAAAAGCACUUUGAGAAGCACCUGCAGGAUCUCCUUAAAUCAUAUGAUGACUUCCACGCAGCUGGUGGAGAGCAAAUAAAGGAGGAUUUUGGUGAAAAAUUUCCAUCCUUUUGGGGCUCUUUUGCUCCAAAAGAAAUGGACAAGGAUUUAGAUAGUGAAAUCCGGAAUUCUGGGAAAUUAACAACAAUUCUCGAUAAUUUGCCACCAAACAACACCCCCCAGAAGAGUCUUCCGGAGAAGCAACAGCAGCAGCACUUAACUGAUGAGGAAAAGAUCAUGGCUAAAAUUCAUGGAACUGAGGUGAAGGAGGAAGAGACCAAGAAAUUCGGCAGCAAUCCACGGUAUGCACCACCCAAAAUGACUCCUAUGCAUCCCAAUUUUAAGUCUUCAGUCCCUAUUACUGGGGGAAAUAAAUUUUUCGGGCAUAGCAUCAUUACUGAGACAGUUCGCAAACCCGAUGGGAGCAUUGAGUCCCGGCGUGUAGUGAGAGAUGUGGAUGGAAAUGUUAAGACCACAAUCUCCAGGACAGUAGGUGGUGAAACAAAAACUGUGACCACCUUCAAUAAUAGAACAGAAGGUGAUCAGAAAAAGACUCCUGAAGGCAAAGACGAUGAUGGCAAAUGUGCAACGGAUAGAAAUUUAUUUGUAUCCCCCAAUGGGUAUACUCUCCCCAAAAAUCUAUGGUGAUUUUCAGCCCCAUGGGAUGAGGGUGGUCUUCUAAGAAAAAUAUUUGUUUCUGUUAUUCUGCUGGCCACACUCCUAACGUGCACAUAAGCUUCAUUGUAGUACAAAAUGUGUAGAAAAAAAUUAUUGCGUGAUGAAAUUAAAAAAAAAAACAGCAUAA